AUGACAGAGCCAGGCAGUGAAAGGCCUGUCUCGCCCGAGUACAGUCAAGGCUACUCGGCGGACGUGGAUAUUAUCCGAGAACAAGAGUACCCUUUACUAAAUGAAACCACCUAUCUUGAUCAUGCGGGGACAACUCCCUAUGCCAAAUCUAUGAUCGAAGCCUUUUCCCGUGAUCUUUCAUCAAAUCUCUUUGGAAAUCCCCACUCGAUGUCUAUAUCGUCCCAGAUAUCCACACAGCGGACAGAUGAUAUCCGUCUCCGAGUGUUGCGGUUUUUCAACGCAGACCCUGAUGAGUUCGAUCUUGUCUUUGUAGCAAACGCAACCGCCGGCAUUAAGCUAGUUGCAGACUCACUCCGAGACUCUGAUCAUCGAGGGUUUUGGUAUGGCUACCAUAUCGAUGCCCACACUAGUCUGGUUGGCGUGCGAGAGCUAGCUGAGAUGGGUUAUCAGUGUUUUCAAAGUGACGAGGAGAUGGAGACUGGGAUCUCGGAGUUGGCUGCCAGUCCAUCAAAGGCUCCUAGACUUAUCGCGUAUCCUGCCCAGUCAAACAUGAACGGACGCCGUCUACCCAUUCGCUGGUGCGAGAAGAUCCGAUCGGCAGCCAAUGACAGCGGACGCAACAUAUUCACCUUGCUUGAUGCUGCUUCGCUUGUAUCGACCGCUCCGCUUGAUCUAGGCCCGUCUUCAUCUGCGCCUGACUUUACGGCGCUAAGCUUCUAUAAAAUCUUUGGAUUCCCCGAUUUGGGUGCCUUAAUCGUCCGCAAAAGUGCCGCUAGAGCAUUUGAGCGACGAAGGUAUUUCGGUGGAGGCACAGUUGACAUGGUUCUGGCAACGGGAGCACAAUGGCAUGCCAAGAAGGAGACUUCGAUCCACGAGAGGCUAGAGGAUGGGACUCUUCCAUUCCACAGCAUUAUUGCCCUCGAUGCAGCCAUGGAUACACAUUCACGCCUGUAUGGCUCAAUGGCCAACAUUUCAGCUCAUACCCGAUUUCUUGCUAAGAAGGUCUAUGAUCGGCUUUCUUCUUUGACGCAUUUCAAUGAUACGCCAGUUUGUCAAAUAUAUCAGGCGAGCACGACAUUUGGAAAUGCAGAUACCCAAGGUCCGAUCAUCGCGUUCAACAUGCGCAAUAGUCGAGGGGACUUCGUGCCCAAGACAGAAGUUGAGAAGUUGGCCACGGUUCAAAACCUUCAGUUGCGCUCUGGGUCGGUUUGUAACCCCGGUGGAACUGCCUCUGCCCUUGGUUGGACUGGACCUGAGCUUCGUCGGCACUAUUCUACUGGAUUGCGUUGUGGAGACAGCCAUGAUGUGAUUGGAGGUCGACCGACAGGCAUUCUGCGUGUUAGCCUCGGUGCUAUGUCUAACAUGAAAGAUAUUGAUUCUCUGAUCAAUUUUGUUGAGGAGUUCUAUGUUGAAAAGAUUCCUCCAAUCCUUGCUGUUGACCCUCUUAUGAGUGAGAAUGAAGUGGUCGCUCCUCAUUUCUAUGUUGAGAGUCUUGCAGUGUUCCCUAUCAAGAGUUGUGGUGCUUUCAAGAUACCGGAAGGAAAGCGCUGGGAAGUAAAACGAGAAGGAUUGGCCUGGGAUAGGGAGUGGUGUCUGGUUCACCAAGGAACUGGAGCCGCAUUGAAUCAAAAGAGAUACCCCAGGAUGUGCCUCAUCCGGCCCUCCAUCGACACUGACAAAGGCGUUCUUCGUAUCACAUGUGGUGCGAUAGCCGCAUCUGACCAAGUCAGUCUCGAGAUCUCUCUCGGCUGGGAAGAUACCAGUGUGAUAUCGACCUCAUUUUGUCCAAGUUCGAACAAAAGGUCCGCGAAAGUUUGCGGAGACACCGUAUCUCUCCAUGCGUACACAUCACCCGUCGUCUCGGCCUUCUUUUCGGAUUUCCUAGGCGUGCCUUGUACGCUUGCAAGGUUCCCAUCACAGACUGGAAACCGGUAUUCAAGACCAACCCGCGUGCCAAGUACCUGGAAAAGCCGGUUCCGCAAGCUCAUCAUGCCCGGUUCUUUCCCACUUGAUUUUCCGCCACCACCCCGCGAACAAGGCCUAACUUCGAUAACAUUAUCAAACGACUCCCCGAUCCUGAUUGUCUCGCGCUCUUCUGUCAACCGUCUCAACGAAACAAUCAAGGCGAACUCGAAACACGGCAGCAGCAAGACUGUAGCAGCGGAUGUAUUCCGCGGUAACAUAGUCGUCGCUGAACGACUAGCCAACCGUGGUGAUAUCGAGCAGCCUUAUGCAGAGGAUCGCUGGUCAUCCUUACGGAUCGGACCUAGCCAACUUCGCUUUGACGCACUGGAUGCAUGUCAGCGUUGCCAGAUGGUCUGCAUCGACCAAUUUACUGGCGUCAAAAAGGAUGAGCCAUUCUCUACUCUAUCAAAGAUUCGGAAUAUUGAUGGCAAGGUUUCCUUUGGUAGAUAUUCUACUCUCUCCCGAAGAAGGGGAGGGUAUUGA